CUUAACGCGAUGAAUUGAUGAUCGCAGUCAUCGCAGUGUUCUACGCGUGGUUCUACGAAUGUAAAAUAAUCUAGAUAUUCCGAGAAGAAUUAAAUCUAGAUAAUUUACCGGAAAAUGGCGUCAAAGUAGCGGCGGCAAACAGCUGUUUCUAUUCUGUUUUGAGUGGUUUUUGUGUAUAUUGUCGAAAAUGGAAUAUAUUUUGUAUACGAAAUGAAAAAGCCGCGGGAUCGAUGAAAUAUUUAGUUUAAAAAUGAUGAAAAUAUCGGCUCUGAACGAGGCACCUCAGCCCCGGCCUGAGAACGAUGAUGAAGAUGCUCAAACUAUCACGAAAGAAGCCCAGGAACAAAUUGCUCUCACGGAGUAUAACAGAGCACUGGAACUGAUGAAAGCGAAUAAAGUGCAGGAUGCUUUGUUGAUUUUCAAAGAUCUUUUGGAUACAGAAUUGUUGGAUCAGGUGGAAAAAUCGGAGAUACCAGAUGGAAAAUCUCGUCCUAUGUUAUCACUGAAAUACUCAUGUUUCAAGAAUAUCGGAGCGAUAGAGGCGUCUUUGGAAAAUUAUGAAGAAGCGAUAGAGAAUUAUUGGGAAGCGGCAAAUCUUGAUGACACCGAUGUGAGCCUGUGGUACAGAAUCGGAUGUUUAGCUAUGACGAUUUCUAAUCUCGAAUUAGCUUGUUCAGCGUUCAAGCAGGGUUUGAAAUGUAAUCCAAAUCAUUGGCCUUGCUUAGACAACAUAAUAUCCGUUCUUUACGCUGUGCCUGACUACAUGAACUGUUUGCUCUUUAUAUCGAUGGCUUUGGAACGAGAUCCCUCAUACGUCAAGGGUUUAGCUUUCAGAGAAAAAAUAUUCAAGGACAUUCCGUACUUUGAAGAAAGUUAUAAAAUGUACAAUGUCGAAUGGGCUCUGGAUCCUCCGAUGGACAGCGAAUACGAUAAAAUAUUAGGUGAAAAAUUGAUCCACGAGGCAAAAGAGAUUGCUGAUAAAUGGGCUGAGUCUUGUAAAUCCGAAUUCAUUCAUAAGCCUCUGCCUGUUUUACAUUUGAACAAACCUCUUGUCAAAUCGACAUGGCUCGAUUUGGGUGAUAGUUUAAUUACGAUGCACAAAUGGAUGAGCGAUAAUUGCUGCAAUUUCGUAAGUCGAGUUGUCCUCGAGUUUCAAAAACCGAUCGAGGACGAAUCUCGUGUUUCCUCGACAGAAGACAACAACGUUGAAGAGUCUGAAGAUUAUGCAGAGGCAGAGAUUUCCGAAUCUGGCAGCGUCAACCGAAAGCUCGACAUCGAUCAUUUAGAAAAUGAUGUCAAAAUGGAAACUGAUAUCGAAGAAAUGGAUGUGACGGAAAAUUCGGAUGAUCAGCGUGUACCGAACGCUGAUUUCGAUACAGAAAUACGAUUGGAGCUUGAAGAAGACGUCAAAUCAAGCUCGAGCGAUAUCCAGAUAAUCGAAGACGAGGAUCCUUUCAAAAUUCCGAACAUCGAGAUUCCGCGAUCUGAAAAAAAUAUCGAUGACCAGCGUGAAAAGAGCCACGAAGAUCCUCUCGAUUAUCCGGAAGCCAUGAUCGUGGCCGAAGACGAGGAAGCUGUCAAAUCCCCGAUCGAAAAAAUCUCCAACGAGAUAAGCAACUGCGAAAAAUCGAAUGAGGAAAAUGCCGAUAAAUCGAAUCAAGGCAGUACAGACAAGAGUAUAGAAAAGUUGAACGAAAAAUCCAACGAACGUACUGAAGCCAAGGAAGAGGGUCAAAAGGUGAAGAAACGCCGGAGGAGCUCGUUGUGUUUUUUACAACAAUGGGCAUGGAGCAGCAGCAGUAUGAGAAGAUCAGCGAGAGUCCGUGGCUCGAGUAGGCGAGAAGCCGAGAGGGACGAUGUCCAAUUGGAGGAAACUCUGAGACGGAUGUUUCCCAGCACUUUGUUACCGGACGGUAUUAAAUUAACGAAAGAAGAUCCUUUCAAGAACAUCGACGAUUCGAUGGACACGAUGGACGUUUAUCAGUUGUUUGCGAAUCGUGAGAAAAACGGAGCUUUGAGAGAAGGAAGUAAAAGUACAGAGAGUUCGAAACCCUCGAGUCCGGAGGUAGCAGACUUGCCACAGUAUUUCGGGACCGAGGCAGAAAACGCGGACGUUGAAGAAUUCAUUAACGAGCACAGUGGUAAGAGUAACUUGAUGAUAAUCAUUGCUAAAUAUACUGAAUUUUUAAGCAUAAAAUGGAACCACGAUUGGCCGAAGGAGAUGGGAACGAUUUAUCUACAGGCUUACUCGUACACGCGAGAACACAUCCCGCAUCAUUCGCCUUUUGGUUUCGACGAGGACAACGGUAUACUCAAAUACGAUGCCGAAAUGACUCUUCUCUUCGGCGAGCUCCAUACCGAUCGUUGGAUGGACGCGAAACCCGAUACAGUGCCCACGUCGAGGCUCGACAAAGUCGGAACGGGCAUGCCAUCCGAAGAGCUCGGUCACAUAAUAUUCGCGAGUGUUCGCGACGAUUUAUUCAGCGAGGAAAACAUGACGUAUCUCUUGAGAGUCCUUUGGCUAAAGGCCAAUAUAUUUCAUUGUCAGGGAGAUACGGACAUCGUGAUCGAGACGCUGGAAUCGUUGCUGUGUCACAUGGACGAGUUUAAGAAACACCAGACUUUUUUGCCUUCUGUAAGGUUACCGAACUGCAAAUAUAAUUCUCGCAUAAAUAUACCAAUUAUCGAGAAAAUGUUGACUGCCAUACGUCGGGGACAGAGGCUCGCGGAAGUGCAACGUUUGUACGACGAGAAAAAGUACGCUGAGCUCGCAGCGACGCUCCAGGACACAUUCAAAUUUGCCAAACAGCAACAAAAGCUUGUGCCGCAUAUAAAAGUAACGACCGAACGUAUCGAUCAGCUGUCAAUGCUGCUCGACAGCCUGUGGAGGCUCGAGCAGUACGAGGAAUGUUACGUAUGGUCGGAAGCUUGUCUCAACGAAUCCUGGCAGAAUUAUCUCAACGUGAACGACGAUGGGGAACAAAAAAAGUGGGCAACGAGCGUGCUCAAGUGUCUCGAGAAACUCGAGUCUUGUGUCAACGAAGUCAGCACUUUUGUCGUCAGAUAUUUACCCGAGAAUCGUCUCGCUCGUCUCGUACAAAAUCUCGUACAAAUGGUUUGUCAUCAAUUGGACGUUACGGAAAACGCUGUUGAGAUGCCACUAGAAACUGUGCUGCCCUGGAUCUUGUUACACUACGUAUUGCAAUACGAAGAAGACAAAGGUCGAGCCAAAUCACCGUCCCAAAAGACUAAGGAACAAAAUUCCGACGAGGAGUACGAGGACGAGGACAUACCCACGUCGAUCAUGAUUCUUCUGACAGCUCACGAGUUUCUCGGUCGCCAUUCAUGGUGUUGCAUCGACGGGGCUAAACUAUUGAUAUUUACGAUGAAACUCGUUAUUCCAAGACUUCGUACGCCACAGUUUGCCUCCGUUCGUGACAAACUCAGUAAACACAUCGAACAAAUAUUUUACUGUCUCUACGGACACCCGAACAAAGACAAGAGAACUAAACCCAAAUAUCUCGAGGAUCAUCGAGUACCGCAAAUCGAACUCACCUGGGAAGGUGCUCAAUUACUUUUCGAUUUUUAUAGACCCGAUCAAUUGCCCGAAUUCGACACACCCCGCGCAGCUUCCAUCAACGCCGAAACCCAUAGUCUCUUCAAAAAAGUUAUUUCUCUCGUACCCGAGGAACAUGAUCCCAGUCAAAAGAUCGAUGAAGUCACCGCUUAUAUCGUCGGUGAAAGAGACCUUAUGCCGACCGUCAAAAAACCCUUGCCCUAUCAAGUCUCCUCGAUUUAUGCACUUCUCGGAGAUUAUCUAUUCAAAUAUAACCAGUACGCCAAUUCUGUUUCCUACUUUCUCAUGGACCUCUGUCUCCAUCCCGAAGCCUUCAACUCUUGGGCUACUCUUGCCAUGGUAAUGGGAACUGAAUUUGGGACUGCUCUGACCAGCUGCAAACCGUUACCUGACACGAAGAAACUACUUUUCGAUGCGAAAAUGGUUCAGUUCUGUUACCAGCGUGCGGUAGAAUUGGUACCAGCUCAGAGUGUGAUCUGGAUCGAGUACGGAACAUUCGCAUACACGGUGCACUCUUUUUGUUCGCGUUUGUUGAAACAAGAAACGGAUACUCUUAGUAUGGAGAGAUUUGCUGAAUUGGAAUCACGAAAAGAAACGACUCUCGAUAUUGCUGUGAACUGUUUCAUUUCGGCGAAUCGCGUUUUUUUAUCGAACAUCGAUGACAAUACUCACGUUCACGAUGAACGGUGGUUGUAUCACUAUAUGCUCGCGAAAAUAGCUGAAAAGAAGAACGAAGAUCCCCCGGUUUUUCUCGACCAUUAUGCAAAGGCUAGCAAUUGGCUUCGGAAGAACAACGCCCAAUAUCCUCCUCGUAUACCGCACAAAAAUCCGAGUUAUUUCUCGGUGGAGGCCCUCGAAGUGCAUUACAGAAUACACGCUUGCAUUUUGAAGUAUUUGGAGCAGCACGAAGGGAAACCGUUGAAAAAAUCUUUGGGACAAGUUUUCAUGGAUCAUCUGUUGGAAUGCGCGAGCGGUCCUUUCAUGCAGCACGAGUCGAAGCUUAGUAGAACCAAGAGACCCGGUAGCAACGGUUAUCCAGAAGUUUCUCCAAGCGAGAACGUCGCCACGGAGUUGCCGAAGAGUCGAGCAAACCAGGAGAAACGUUUGAACAGUGUCGAGGAGAUUCCCGGGCCUGAGAAACCGGAUACACUUGGUAAAUCGUCGAAAAACGAGUUGCGAAAACGUCACACGGAUACGCAGCAAGAAGAUAAUGGAAAAAGAAUAAAAUUGGGCAGCGUAUCGCACUUGCAACUGAUGCAGGACGUGGUCGGUCUGAUUGACGAUUUGAUUACGAAGGUUUGUGAUAUUGCAGCCACUCGAGAGAGCUCCGGCGAUGAAAUAAUCAUUUUGUCAAGCGACGAAAAUGAAUUAGUACAGAAAAUCACGAUGAAGGAAGAAGUGAAAAGGAAAGAAGCUGAUAAAAUUUCAAACAACGAUCGAAUAAGUAGUAGCGUCGAAAAAAAGUUACAGGGUCUUAAUAGUCCUUUAAGAAAAACUGAAAACGUUCAGGAUCUCAUGGACGAACUCAUGAAACGAACUAUGGAACUAGGCAACGAAGGUCAAAUUUCCCCGCCUGACGACGAAGACACGAGAAAAUCCGAUGGCAAGUGGCUCAUAAACGACGAAGUUCAAACAAGCGAAGGAAGAUUCCUCACCAACAAAGAACGAGAAAAAGACUCGAAGGAGAAAAACAGCGAUAGGAAAAAAACACAAAUCAAUUUGGUUAAGGACGAAGGGACACUCAGUCGCAGAGGCUCUCAAGAAAGCACUACGACCACUCAGACUACAACGACCACCACAGAAACUAACAAUUCGAGUUCCAGUAGCAGUGAUGAAUCAAGCAGCAGCGAAGACAGCUCUGAGAGCGAUAGCUCCAGUUCCAGCGACAGCGAAUCUGCUGAGAGUGAGACCGAGAAGAAAAAGCCUAUUCCUGAAUUGGGAGAAAAGGAAGAGUAUCUAACCGAUGCCGAAGUUGGGAAAUUAAUCGGUUACUGCCUCGCCGGACUAGAACAAUGCGUACUUCGUUUUCCCGAACACUACAAAUCGGUCUACCGAAUUUGCCACUAUUAUUUCAACAACAAAACUGCCAAGGACAAUGCUAAAUGUCGCGAUCUCUUUCUUGGCACUUACAAGUGCCAAUACUACACGGAACGCACCGUUCAAGGAUUAUUCGCUGAUCGGAAAAAUAAUAAUUUCUUCAACGGCGUAUGGAGAAACCCCAUCGAAGAAAUUGAUCGCCCCGGAAGUUUCGCCUCACACAUGUCUCGUUGCAUAACUCUCCUGAUGCAAAUACUCAAAGAAACCGAUGACAGUUUGAUGCUGUUGGAUCUUUACGGACAAUUGCGCAGGCUACCCGAUCCUGACAAAAAAUAUCUGAGGGACUCCGAACGCGAACAACUGUCCCGACAAGCUUUAACACUUUGCAUCCAAUCGCUUCGGACUCGUAUACAAAACAUGUCUCCUCCACCUCCAGUCGUCGACAACCUGCAAAUGUAUCGUUCCGAUCCACGGAAACAGGUUUUACUUGAUGUUUACAAAAUUUAUCGGGAGAUACAAAAGAUUUAUGCACCGAAGGAUUCUACGAUUCAGGCGUUCGCAGCACUUCUUAUCGACUCUUAUAAAGCCUACACGGGAAUUAAGAACGCCGAAGGAAACGUAAUAGAAGUUGCUCUGAAGUAUUGUCAACAAAUGACAAACGCGAGCAAAAUGGCCGAGUCAAAUCCAAUCUCAAUGACCGGCGUUGGUGCAAUACCUACGACUUCAUCGAGUCCGAUCGCGACGUCGCAGCCGCUGAGUUUGCCGACUUCACCUCAAACUCAUCAGACCCGAAAACCCUACAAGAGUUCAACGGCAACGGGACGUCCUCGGGGCCGUCCCCCGAACGUGAACAAAUAUUUACAAGCGAUGCAACAGAGUGCUGGAAUGACGGGCCAGUUCAACACGAAAGGGUCUUUCGGAAAUUAUUUGGGAGUCAGUGCAAACAACGCUCUUAUGAAUGCAUAUUUUAUGAAUCCUUUGAUGGAUCCAACUAUGUUAUCGGCAGUACUCGCAGCUGGAAUGGGUGGUCCGAUUGAUCCAUUAGCGGCAGUUAAUUAUUUCAAUCAAAUGGGAAAUUACCAAGACAUAUUGAGGCAGUAUCAGAACAAUUUGUCAUCAAUAACAAAUUUAGCCGCCGGUUUUGGCAACAUGGCGACCAGCCUACCGAGUACAAUGACGAAUACAGUGCCAACUAUGAGUUCGGUCACGAGUUCGACGGGAGGAUCAACGUCGUCCGGAAAUCUCGGUAAUUUAGGCGGCAUGGGAAAUCUUUCGAGUUUGACAGUCCAACAAUUGUUAAAUUUGAGCAACAAUUCGAACGCUGCGAGUUCGAGAGCAGCCCCUAUGUACCAUCAAGCUGGUUCGAAGGCUCCAACGACCACGUCGACGACCAAGGAAGUUCCCAGCGUCUCGAUAACCCCGGUCGGCUCCAACAUGCAGCAACAGCAGUUGAUGAAAACGAAAAUGCCGAAGCACUCGUCUUCCUCGUCAUCCCACAACGAACCGAUGCCAGCGCACAUGACAAAAGCCAUGCCCAUACCUCAAGCAACGACAAAAACCUCGACACAUCCGCCUACCACGCAAGUUUCCCUGUUGAAACCGUCGGUUGUUGCGCAAACCAAAAUUCCGCCCCCCAAACAAAUGUCCGCGCCGCAGAUAAGAGUUUCGAAGUCACUCACCGAGCCUCAACCCGCCCACAACUCGUCUCAUCCUUCCCUGACCGCCGGAAAUUCGUCCGUCUCCACAGGAAACGUUCUACAAGCUGCUCACUCAUCCGUUCUUCAAGGUCCCAACGCCAUGAGCAUGAAACCCACGAGCUCAAAUAUGGGAAUGCCAAAUUCUCGAAACCCCACACUCACCAGCGGUACAUCCCUGCAGCACAAGCUCCUCUCCAAGAAAAUGGCUCAACAAGCACAACCUCCGAUGCCCAUGAAGCCACAAAGUAUGCCGAAAAAACAAAAAACAUCGAAGAGCAGUAUUUCUCAGUUGCCGAAUAACCUUCAGAGCCUCUUAAACACCAUGUCCGGAGUUGGGACACACGCGAUGGGUCAACCAGCCUUUUUGCCUCAAGAAUUAAGCGGCAUAUCCGUCAGCCCUGUCGGCCCGUCCGUCGCGAAACCUCCUCCACCUCCGAAACAUCCUCCCUAUCGUAAAGUAACGAGCAAACCGAAAACAACAAGCAUGGAAAUGCCCGGGUCGAUUCAGCCCUCGUUACCAGCCGCCAAUACCGCUGAGACUCUCUCAAUGCUCUCGCAGCUUCAACAACAAUCUCAUCUUGAAAUAAUACCUCAACAAAAAAGUCAUGCUAAACCGAGCCAAGUGGAUUAUUCGAAAAAUUUGCCGCUCUCCCUGAGCAUCGUACCGCCUCAGAAAUUAGUCGAAAAUGUCCGACCGACCAGCUCCGAGUGUAUGUCCGUUUACGAAUUGCCCAGGACUAAAACCAACGCCAAUCUGUCCAAAACAAAAGAGUCCAAACACGCGAAAGACAGCGUCGAAAUUAUUACCCUCGAUGAUUAAGGGGACGUUUUAUCUUUACUGAAAAACAUUCUCACUACCCGGACGUGCUACGAUUUUUCAAACGAUUGAAUGAAACAGAAUACAAUUUUGUGAUAUGAAAAGAAAACUCCGAGAGACGCUUCAGCGAUAAGUUAAUCAUAGUAGUUUAGCCUUUUAUGGUUGUAAAAUAUUCCGAUGGGAGAGAUUGAGAUAGAGUUGUGGCAUUUUUGCUCGUGAAACAACCGAGACUGAACCUUAUCUUACGAAGUAAUUUAAUUACUCAAUAAUUUUUUUCACACGAGCAAAUAAACCAUAUUGUUCACUAAA